AUGGCUGCUGAUCUCUCCGCGCCGAAGCUCAACCCAGACAGUCACAUUCUCCUGGACCAACCACUCCUGCGAUUACCCCAUGAACUCGUCCGCCGAAACUUUCGGAAUACCCAGCGCUACGUCGAGCGAGAAAGAGACCAGAUCCUGCCUGCUCUCAAAGAUACGGCCAACGCUGCUCUCAGUUCUUCCCAGACCCCGGACCAGACUCUGGCAUCCCUGGAUGCCAUGAUACAGAGAAUGCAGAAUUUCAAACGCAAGCUGGAGAAACUACAUGUCGAGGAAGAAGCCCUGCACGAUGACUCGGCGAAACGCAUUAAACAUCUGCAAGACCUUUAUGAAAUACCAUCUUUGACAGACGUCCAAUACGAAAAGUGGUCAAGAACACGGCUUGACAGGUUAAUGGUUGACUACCUCUUGCGGUCGGGCUACUCCAAGUCAGCGUCUACCCUGGCCGAGUCCAAGCAAAUAUCCCAUCUCAUCGACCUGGAUACGUUCGUGACAUGCCACAAGAUCGCCUCCUCUCUCAACCGGGGCGAGACGAAGGAAGCACUAGCCUGGAUCAACGAGAACAAGAGUUCGUUGAAGAAGCUCGUCACGGCCCCAUACAAGACCACCAACUUAGAGUUCGAGCUCCGACUACAACAAUAUAUCGAACUCGUGCGGGCAGGCACCACGGUCAAGAAACUCGAGGCCAUGAUGCACGCCCAACAGCACCUCACAGUACACACGGCAUCUCGCUCCGAGCUGAUCAUGCAAGCAGCCGGCCUUCUCGCUCAAGCACCUGACACAGACGCCGAACCCUACCGAGCGCUUUUGUCCCCUUCUCGAUGGCACGACCUAUCCAAUUUAUUCAUCGAAACCCACCACACUCUACUCACCCUACCCGUACAGCCACUCCUACAUGUCGCUCUGUCAGCAGGUCUCUCCGCUCUAAAGACUCCUGCCUGCCACAGCGCCUACAAUCCUGCCAGCUCAUCCACGCCAGGUCACGCACGGAUCGCCUCCAAUACCUCGCUCUGUCCCAUCUGCAGCAUGGAACUCAACGAUCUCGCUCGAAACGUCCCCUACGCACAUCAUACCACAAGUUCAGUGGAGCCAGACCCCGUGGUCUUACCCAACGGGCGCAUCUACGGUCGCGAGCGGCUCGAGGAGCUGCAGCGAAAGCUGGCCAUGGCAGGAUUGAGUGGAGACGCCGGGAUCAGCGACCUGCAGAUCGGUAAGGAAGGUGAAGUCCGCGAUCCCACAACAGGCGAAAGCUUCACUUGGGACGAAGUGCGGAAAGUCUACAUCAUGUAG